AUGGAAGAACCAAAAGACACCAAAGCCGCUCAGGCGCCAUCAGCACAAGAGACUUCAUCCAGCCUUACGCCCGAGACGACCGUCAUAGAGGAAGUACCGCCGCCCAAGAAGACCUUCAUGCAGCGCGUUCUUGAGCCCGGAUCAGUAUGGCAAAUCAUCUUUGCUGCACUGUUAGCCAUUGCUAUUGGUCUCAUCGUUACCACACAAGUCGACGAAGUUCCUCAAGCAGCAAUCGCCCUUCUCGCCAUCCCAGGUACCCUGUGGCUGCGUGCCUUGAGAGCGGUCGUUUUGCCCAUGAUCGUGACCGCGAUGAUCUUGGCAAUCAAGCGCUUACGCAACUUGAGCCAAGGUGGUGGCAAAGCAGCUCAGCUUGCUCUGUGGACGAUUGGUUACUACAUUAUCACCACCAUCAUCGCUGUUGCGCACUCAUGCCUGCUCGUCGGUCUAGUCUGGUCUAAGCUCAUGGUUAAAGUGAGCGAUCAGCAGUUGGGCAUUGACGACAAGGACAAGGAAACCUUUGAAGAAAGAGCAGAUCUUGAAAUCCACGAAGUCGUUGUCGACAUGUUCAACUCGCUCAUUCCACAAAACAUCGUCGAUGCCCUCGCUACUGACAGUCUCCUCGCUGUCUUAGUCACUGCCAUCGUUCUGGGAUACGUCAUCAAACCAAAUGGAUCACUCAUGCGCGCCGUUGAGGAGGUCGAACAGAUCAUCAUCCGCGUCAUCACUAUCUUGAUUUACUUUGCGCCUAUGGGUGUAUUUUUUCUUAUCAUGCCAAACCUCUUCAAGCUCGACUUGGCUGAAAUUGGACUCAAUCUUGGCAUUCUGAUUGGCGGUACUCUGGUCGGCAUGUUCUUGCAUCUCUUCAUCAUCAUACCGAUCAUUUUCUUCGCUUUUACGCGCAAGAACCCCUAUGCCUUGUGGCUUCGAUGCAGCCCCGCCUGGAUUACUGCAUGGGGGACCGCCUCGAGUGCUGCGACAUUGCCAGUCACCCUCCGCUGCGUGCUUGCACAAGGCGUCCCAGUAAUUAUCACCAAGUUUGCCGUACCUCUCGGUUGUCUCAUCAACAUGGAUGGAACAGCCAUAUACUUCCCCAUCGUCGUUGUGUUCCUUGCCGCGACUCAAGGCAUCACUCUCAAUGCUAUCGACUACAUCAUAGUGGUUUUGCUAUCGACUAUGGCGUCCAUCGGUACUACUCCGAUUCCGAGCUCAAGUCUGGUGCUUACGGUUAUGAUUGCUGGAAGCAUUGGUGUUGAAGUAACGGGCAUGUAUGCGGUCGUCGUGGCCAUUGAUUGGUUCUUGGACCGUUUCAGGACGGCCGUCAAUGUCAGCUGUGAUACCUUUGCCGCUGUCAUCGUCACCAAGUUAACCGGCAUCAAGGACGAUGAAGAUGAUCUACGCAAUGCCUCGCUGGACAUUAAUUCUGAUGACAUGGGCCACACAAACAUGAGGGCUGACGAUCGGGUGUGA